AUGGAACCUCACAAGGCAACAGUCCACGCAGCCAAAAUCGACAGAAUGAAGAUCCUUAUCAAAAAUGCUACCAUUUUGACCAUGGACCCUUCCUUGGGCAAUUUAGCCAACCAUGAUAUCUUGCUCGAUGGGGUGGUCAUCUCCCAGAUAUCCCCCCAUAUUGAUCCUCCCGAUGAUGCUGAAGUUAUCGAUGCGUCAGACUGCAUCAUAACUCCCGGGUUCGUCAACUGCCACCAUCACAUGUGGCAGCAGAUCUUGCGGACCAUCGCCACUGACUGGUCCCUGUUUGAUUAUGUUGUUGAGAUGCGGUCCAUAUACGGCAGCUUGUUCAGCGCCGACGACGUCUACUUCUCAAUGUACGCUGCUGCGCUUGACCUGCUAAAUCACGGGGUUACCACUGUCCUGGAUCAUUGUCACAUUAUCAACUCCCCUAAGCAUGCGGAUGCGGCGGUCAAAGCUCUCAAGGAGGCAGGUAUCCGCGGGACAUGGUGUUACGGAUUCGAUGAGAACCCACCCCCGCCGCCGAGUCUUGAGGUCGACGAUGAGAGACCGAGGGAUUUCACCUUCGAGCAGCGUAAACUGGAUGCAGCUCGCGUACGUGCCGAGCACUUCAAGGACAACAACCCAGAGCGCAAUGUUCUCACAUUCGGUAUUGCCCCUGAUGAGCCGGAGGCUGUGCCGAUUGAGAAAACAAUCGAACAAAUCGUGCUGGCACGGGAUCUCGAAGCCCGUCGGAUCACUAUGCAUGUGGCCCACGGCCACUAUGACAUUGCGCACCGCCAGAUCGUCCAACAGCUUCACGAUAAGGCGAUGCUGAUGCCAGAUCUAGUCUUUAGUCAUGGAGCUUACUUCACUAAUAACGAGCUGGAGGCGAUUCGCGUCUCAGGCGCAGGCAUUGUCGCAACUCCCGAUACCGAAACCCAAAUGGGGAUGGGGCAUCCCGUGUUGUUCCGGGCAGAUAAUGCGGGAUGCAAGACAAGCUUGGGAAUCGACAUCACCUCCAACCAGGGAAAUGACAUGGUGAUGCAAAUGAGGCUGGCACUACAAGUACAGCGAGAGCAGGAUAACCGCAUGUCCUCGAUCCCAAUCGUGAUUCGGAGGAAAACAUUAGAGGUGCUCCGCAUGGCCACUAUGGGGGGAGCAGAAGUGAUGCAGCCCGGAAAAAAGGCGGACUUGGUCAUCUUCCGAUGCGAUGAUAUCAGCACCGUUCCGAUUAUCAACCCGGUCGGUACUGUCGUGUUCAACACCUCGCCGAAGAACAUCGACACCGUGAUUGUCAACGGCAAAAUUGCCAAGCGGUACGGGAAAUUGAUCGGGGUUGACUUGCCUUCACUUCUCCAUGAAUUGAAGGUCCGAUCAGCAAAGAUCGUAAAGAUGGGGGCCAGUAUAGAUAGGAAGGGAUUUGAGGCACAAUGGAAGCAGGCCUUCCGCAUGUGUUGCUAA